AUGCUGGGUGAAGAUGUUGGCCGUACGGUCACUCGCCUUACACAUCGGAAGCAGAACUCGAAACCCGUUGCGACGUAUAAUGGUGAGUCUAUUGAGGAUGAGGUGACGUGCUCGACUGGGCUCAGGAGCUGAGAGGACGAGCAGACGGUCGAGCUGACGCCUUUGUCUUGUUGUUUCUCGAACCUCGGCAUUGAUCUCCGAACAUAAGGUCACCGAAGAAACAGUUUCAUCACCCCCGACAUCGACGAACUGACCGAGCUAAGAGCCCGACAAAGGACCUUUGACGGUACGUACGCCCUCGUGCCGUAGGCUUGACGAGGAAGCUGAGGCUUGCGGAGAGGUUUGGGUGGUCGUACAGGUGCUUAUACCCGGACGGCGUUGGGGUUGUUCGAUUACGCGCUCCUCAUUUUGAAGAUCUUUUCAGCCGAGUUCGCGAAGAGUGAGUAGCUUCUCCCUUUCAUCAGAAACUCACACUCGAGAAGGCGGGGAAGUAUUGUUGACUGAUUGGCAUGUGACUUCUUCUUUCAGUCGGUCUUCUCUAUGUCAUUCUGGGGACGCUCAUCUUGUUGAUCGGGUACCAUCGCGCCAGAAGAGGCGAUGUCGAUUUUGCCGGUGCGUCUCUAAUGUCGGCCGGCAUCCGGCUUGGCUACAUGUGCAAAUGAUGAGUAGCUGAACUAAUGCUUCAAUUUUCGUACAGACGAAUAUCGAACAUCACCCACAACGACCAUCUCUCCGCCCUCCACUUCAGCCGAGACAUCCAAAACCCCUGAACCCCGCACCGCUCCCUCCGAACCGCACCCCGAUGCCAAUCCCGAACCACUGAACACCACCCAAGCAGCCAUAGUUGCCUCCGCACCUCCCCACGUCGCUCAUGCUGUCGGUCCUAAACUCUGGGGUCGCCCUUUUCGAACAAGCGGGGACGUCGUCGUUGUGCUUUGCUUGGUCUGUGUGGUGUUGUAUGCGGCGAUCUUUGCGCUCGUGAUGGAGCUGUAG